AUGGCCUCCAACAAACGUCAAGUCCCAGACCCACAAGUCUUCCGCUGCAUUGAUGACGGCGCCGUUCUCCACUAUGUUUGUCGGAUAUGUGCAGAUGGCAAACAAUUUCUUGCCAACAACUGCGUACGACACCUCGAUUCUGCUAAGCAUCAAGCCGCUGUUCGCUUUGUGGCUCAGCAAGCACAACCCCUCUCCCAACGUGAAUGGACAGCAUCUUUAGACAAUCCGUUUCGCGAGUUUCUGGUAGCAGCCUCUAUGAUUCCAGACCAACCGCUACAUUCGCACUACGAUUUGGACUACGGUGAGGUAAACCAAUGUUUCCAAGAAAUUGGUUCAAACCCUCCAGAGCACGCACCUGCUCCUCCACCUUUAGUCAAUUGGUCGCAACACCAAGUCUUUGGCAACACUCAGGCCGAGCUUUCGACAGAAGAAGAGGUCCACAUACGUCUGUGUCAAGCCACCGAGGACUAUUUGAAUGGUGAUAUUAGUGAUUUUGAAGAGGGUCCAGGGUAUAGCGACAUUUUGUCAGACUCGAGUAACUCUGUAAACAAAGAAGAUUUGAACCAAUCGCUACCUCGAAAACGUGCACGCGGUGGUAUAACAGACCCCGAUACUCUUCAAAAGUGGUAUCCCUGGCAGGACAGAAUAUCGUGUUCUCUAGAUGUUUUAACCCAUCUUCCACGGUCAGCCUUUUCAAGAAAGCAGCUUGACCUAUUUCUCUGGCUUUUAAAAGUCAACGGCGUUGACGACAUUCCAACCACAAAAUCUGUCAAGUCAGCAAAUGAAACCCUUCAAAAACUUUGUGGAAUCAGAACGCUAGAGUGCAAUGGCAAGCAGGGUCAUCAAUAUUACAUGAAUUCAAUUCAUGACAUCCUUUCUCAGGAGAUGGCUAAUCCCCAGGUCCGACCCCAUUUACACUUCUAUCCAGAAGACAAUGGAAAGGUUAUAAGUGAAGCACGCCAUGCCGCUGCCUGGCUAGAAGACAUGCCUUCAGAGGAAACCACUCCAAUGAUACGUCUUAAACAAGCUGACUACUAUAUUUUUGAACCCGCCUUGCUUGUUGAUGGCCGCUGUUGCAUACCCUAUCGUUGGUUUACUCGGGGUGGUGUUUUUUUUGGGAAAGCGUGGCUUCUACAACCGCAUGCUAAUGGUUGGAUUGUUUGCAAGAAUACUACAAUCGAGGUCUCACAAUCGCAACUCCUUAAAAACUUUCCACAGCUUGCAAAGGACCAUGCUCUUUAUGGUGUAUCUCAUCCAUCUCUAAUUAUUGGAGUUCAGCUAGCAGGUGGUAGUCCCGAAACGCCGCUGUCUGAAUGGCGCCAUACCAAUCCUGUUCUGGGAAAUCUAUGGAGAGAGCGUGCCAAAGGACAACGUGUUGUUGCUCUUCCGUUAUGGAUGUACUGUGAUGACACAUCUGGCAAUCAGUCUAAAAAAUGGAACAAACACAACAGUUUUCUAUUUACACUUGCUGGUUUGCCUCGCGAGCAUGCAGCAAAGGAGUAUAACAUACAUUUUCUAUGCACAUCCAAUAUUGCUGCCCCGCUAGAGAUGCUUGAAGGUGUUGUUGAAGAAAUCAGAUCUGGUCUAAAGGCAGGAAUUUGGGCAUGGGAUUGUGUGCUCAAAGAAUCGGUGCUUAUCAUACCUCCUUGUCUAUGCUUUUUGGGGGACAAUCCAAUGCAUAGUGAAUUUGCUUGCCACAUUGGUUUACGUGACAAGUACUUCUGUCGUAUCUGUUGGGUCAAAGGCUUAGAUGCUCAGGAUGUUGGAGUAAUCCCUUUGCCUUUAGAUGGAGCAUCGGAACACUCAGACGCCCACAAUUUGGAGCAAGAGCAAUUGAGUGAUGCACUGUCAGUAGGAUCUGAGACUGAAGCACAUCCUACUGGUAAACGUCGGCGGCGAUUUCAGGAGUCUAUGUCUGCUAUGAUUCAACGUAUUACUGCGUUUAUAAAGCCUGGCAAACUUCGUCGUAAGGAAGAGACCAUGAAAAUAUUGGAAAGUUAUCAGGAACAGUCUCAAACUAUUGGAGCCAAAUCCAAACUCAAAAAAAUGCGUACCAAAACAGGCAUCAAAGAUACCAUGCAGGAGUUCUUUCUUGACAAACUCUCAAACUCUUAUAAGGGUGUCUAUGGUCCAAAGGACAAACAGAAGGUAUUGGAAUCCGAGAUGGCAAAGCUUCCACCUUCAAUCAUAAGUCCGGUAUGGCAAUUAGGCCUUGAUCCCCAUCAAGAUACUCCAGUAGAAAUUCUACAUGUUGUUCUUUUGGGGUUUGUGAAAUACUUCUGGCGAGAUCUUGUUCAGAAUCAAGUAGCACCGUUUGUCAUUUAUGACUUGGUUCCUCAGAAUGUUCUGGCGGCUUGGAUCUCCCUGUCUACUCUUGUACCACUAAUAUGGCAGCCGUCUAUCCGAAAUAUUGAUGAAUAUCUUAUUGAUCUACAGAAUCACAUUGAUGAUUUUCUCUUAAAAACCGCACGUUGGACCUGUGCGUGGUUUAAUAAAGCCAAAUUUCAUAUUUUGUUACACCUGCCGGAACACAUACGACGUUUUGGCCCAGCAAUACUUUUCGCAACUGAAGGCUUUGAAAGCUUCAAUGCAGUCAUUCGAGGGCAUAGCAUUCACAGUAACAGGUUGGCCCCAUCUCGUGAUAUCGCGAUUGGCUUUGCGCAGGCAAACCGUGUUCGACACCUACUCAGCGGAGGCUACUUUUUACCGGAAGACCUAAUGCAGUCAUGGAAAAAGGACAUCCACUCCGUACCCAAUUUGGAGUGGCGUACAGCUGGUGUCGCUGCAUUAUCUUUGAUAAAAGACCCAAUUCCAGCUGGAUAUCUGGGCCUUCCAGCCAUGGAGACCUAUAAAAUCAUCAUGGUUGGGGAAUGCCAACGAAAUGUUACUGCACCUCUCUUGUGGAACCAGACCUUGACUGGAGCUAGGAUGUUUACAAACGUUCUGGGAAGAAUGGGGCCUUCCAACUGCACACCUCUUUAUUAUAGCUGCAAAAACGUGGUUCUUCAAAACGGCGAUCGAUGCGGUAUCGGGCAGUGUGUCAUUUUACAAGAAGACACCGGUUUGUCAACCUAUCUUGGGUCUGUCAAGGAAAUUUUACAAGAGGUUGGGUCUCCUAACUAUCAUGACAAUCAAGCCGACGGCGUUCUUGUGCAAAUCCAGCAACCCGAUGUUAGCAACAACCAAGGACUGCAUAUGCCCCGCCUAGUCCCGGUGAAUCGGUGGCGUUUUGUUCCUCUUACAGCUAUUCUUUGCACUGUAAAUACCCAGCAUAACUGUGUACAGCACAAGUGUCAGCCAAAUGGAAGGAGGGUAAUAUUUCAGGAAAGGACAGCUACUCAGCAUAUGGCACACCGGAUCGUUCAUAGUUCUCAUCCAGAGGACCAGGUGCUCAAUAUUGCCCAGAUGAGGGAUGCCGCCCAUAUUCGACCAUAUCGGAUCAAGCCAGAACAUUUGGAAAGGCAGGCGGUGGUGGAACAGUCUGUUGUAAAUGAGCUCCAAAAACGAAAACUAAAACAAUCUGCAGGAGAAAGGGGGGCUUCCAAAAAGGUUGCUUCGACACAAAGAGGCAUGAUGGGCAAAGAGGGUUGUAGUGGGGUUCAGUCUUCUGAUUUUGUCUUUCCAGGUCAAGGCUUCAUUGAUUUUAAUGCAUUUUAA